AUGAACCGUUAUCAGGGAGAAUUUGGGGAUGCACUACCAAGUGUUUUUCUCAAGGAGUCAGAGGAGAGUUUUAUUCCAGAAGAUUCGUCGAUAAGUCAAGAAGAUGCUUCUUUCAUAGAAGAGACUUUAUUAUUCGAUAAUUUCGAAGAAAACGAAGUCAUUUUAUCUGACACCGAAAAAUGGGAAAUGGUUGACGCGUGGCUAAAGAAGUUGUACAACGAUAAAAUGGUUCCGCUUUUUGAAAGGAACUCUUCAACAGCGAGAGCCUUAUACAAGCUAGCACUUUUAAAUCAACAACAGGAUGAUAUAGCAAGAAUAAUUCUUCGACAACAAGAAACUCACGCGUAUGAAUACCGUGUCGAAGGCUUACGGAUGAAAGAUAUUUUGGACACCAUAGGAAUUGACAAGGAUGAUUUGUCCAAAAAUGGUGCUCUUGCAGUUGAAUUAUUGACCUCUUUGGCCACGAUUUUGGACUUGGGAAAUGUCGAGAGAAGCAGUUACCUUUCAGCGAUAGCGCAAUUGACAAUAGAUUCAUGUAAUGUGGAACGUCAGAAACAUUUGAUUUCACGUGCAAUCGAAUCCUUGGAAACUCAAACACAAGAAGCUAAAUUGAGAAAUGAAAAGUUAAACAAACUUUUAAUGCGUCUUCGAGACAGACGGGAUUCAAAAGAGGAGAAGAUGCUUGGAGAAUGGAGAGCAAGUACAAAUCUGCUUGGUCAUAAAGCAAAAGAGUAUCAUCAGAAAUUGAACCGACUGGAGAAACAAUAUGCAUUACUGAACGUUGAGGAAGGAGGGUUAAGAUAUCAAAACUUGAAACAGAAAGAAGAAGAUUUAAGAGUUUUGGAGAGACAAGUAAAGAUAGAAACGAAAAAAUUGCAAACCUAUAAAGUUCUGCCACCGGACAUCACCUUGGCUCAAUAUAAGUUAGAUGAAGCUAAACAAAUUCUGAUUAAGCUACACGAAGAUCGAAACGGAUUAUUUGGUAAAAUAGCCGAAAAGUUUCAAAGCGACCUAUAA